GCCACAAGGCGCAAUGCAACCGGGGAUAAUAAUGAUCUAUGUCAUAGCGCGUGUCUGGGGGGGUGGGGAUCAAUAAUCCCCCCUCCCGACUUCAGGAUGGUACAACCCAAAUCGACGGCACCUCGGUUGGCUCAAGCUAGCUUCGUUCAGGGAGGGUUCGCGAUUCGCGUGCGCUGAGUGGCAGCUGGCUCUCUAGAAGCGUAGAGCGCCCAGCAGCAGCCGCAGCAGCUGGAGCAGCGGAGCACAGAGGCUGGAGGCAGCGGCGGCGGCGGCGCAGUGUCAGUGGCAGCACUGAAAGGCCGUUACUGCUGUGGGAGAUCAAGGCUGCAUCCUGGUCCAUCUUGUGUGUCAUCAGCAAAACUGCCAGCCACGUGUCUGUUCCUGAGACCUUACAGGCCACCUCCUCCUUCGGAAUCUUGUUGGCUGGUGUGAGCUCACGUCCCCGUGAAAGGUUUUCCUGGGAAACAUCAUAAGACCUAAACAAGCAACAGAAGUGAAAAGCUGAAGAGGUGCAGCAUGGCUCACAACUGCCUGCAGUGCAUCAAGUACCUAAUGUUUGUCUUCAACCUUCUCUUCUGGCUGGGAGGCUGCGGGAUCCUUGGAGUUGGCAUCUGGCUGGCUGUUACCCAAGGGAACUUUGCUACCCUCUCCUCUUCUUUCCCAUCCCUGUCGGCUGCCAACCUGCUGAUUGUCACAGGGACUUUCGUCAUGAUCAUCGGCUUUGUCGGCUGUAUAGGUGCCAUCAAAGAAAACAAGGGCCUCCUGCUGAGUUUUUUUAUCAUGCUGUUAAUUAUAUUCCUGCUGGAGCUCACCAUCGUGAUUCUGUUCUUCGUCUACACCGACAAGAUUGAUAAGUAUGCUCAGCAGGAUCUGAAAAAAGGGCUUCAUUUGUAUGGGACAGAUGGAAAUAUUGGCCUAACUAAUGCAUGGAGCAUCAUUCAAACAGAUUUCAGAUGCUGUGGGGUCUCAAACUACACCGACUGGUUUGAAGUGUACAAUACUACACGGGUGCCAGACUCGUGCUGCUUGGAAUUCAGCGAGAAUUGUGGACUCCACUCGCCGGGGACCUGGUGGAAAGCUCCUUGUUAUGAGACAGUGAAAAUAUGGCUCCAGGAAAACCUGCUAGCAGUGGGGAUCUUUGCCCUGUGCACAGCUUUGGUUCAGAUUCUUGGACUGACCUUUGCAAUGACCAUGUAUUGCCAGGUAGUCAAGGCAGACACCUACUGUGCAUAGAAACCAUCUCAAGCCUCUAUGCUUCUCCUCAAAAGGACAUAGGAGAAAGCUCCUUCAUGUUCAUUCAUCUGAUCUUUUUUCUAUGUAAGAUAAACUGUGUAUAAUCCUAUAUCUCUGAAGAUUUUGUAAAUCACCCUAGUUUAUUGAGGGAGGAAAAAAGGGAUGGGGGGAAAAAAAAGGCCAAGGGAAGAUCAGUACUUGGAUUGGCAUAGGCAGGAGGAGGAAGUAUUGUCGUUAAAAAAAAAAAGAAUGCUCCAACAUGACAGAAGAAAACAGUUCCCUUUGCAUGGACUGUGGCAAGACUGAAGAUUCUGCUUAAGAAGAGCUGGUCUGCAAACCAGUGCUAGCAUGGUCGGCAGACACUGAAAAGAGCUCCAGGAAUCCAGAAAGGUUUCCUUCCAGAAUAUAUUAUGGGCUGAUGUGUGUGGAGGGGGGGAGAGGAGUGGAAAGUUAACUCUCCUUCAGUAUUGAAAAAAGAAGGUGUGGAAUAGCUAAUAUUGAUGGAACUGUCAUUUUACUACAGUUUGCUUUGUAUGCAGCUAGUGUCACAGCAAGCCUCCAAACUGUCUCAAGAUUUUUGCAGCCAGGCAUGGGUCAUCUUUAGAAGUGUUUUUAGUUUCAUGUGCUCUGAAGUCCAGAGCUAAUCAGGCUCUGAGUAAUGAGAUCUACCUGGUAAGGGAAAAAAUUCUUAGUGGACAUUGUGUCACUUAUUGGUUCUAUACCAUUGCAAAUUAAUAAGAGUGUACAUCUAUAAUAUAUUCAUAGACACUUACCAUUCUGAAGGGAGGUAAAAUAACCCUGCAUCUCGCCUCAGAAGAUGGAAGCUUUCUACCCCAUUUCACAUUCCAAGUGAACAAAUACUCAAAGGGAAAUAAUGGCGUAUUAUUUCUUGUAGGAGACACUAUCACUAUUACCUCUGGGGAAACAAGUAAUUACUUUCAGCUGUAUCUUCAUUUCUGUAAACAACUUGUGAGUGGGCUUUCUCUGUCACUCUCCUAUGGUUUUAUUUUUUCCAUUCCUGUUUCAAGUCAGUCUACCAGCAACUAUCACUCAUUUCUGCACUUAAAGAGCUGUCAGCUGUUUCUUCACUGAAUGUCAUUAAUUUUCCCUGGGAUAGUAUCAUCUGCAGAUAGUAUAGGGUUUGUCUUGUCAAAGAAACAUGUGUUACACAGUGCUUAAGACUUGAGAUGUUUUCCUGCUUAGAAAUGCUAAACUACUUAUUUACAACAUCUAAGGAAAAUGGUUCCCAGUGGGAACUGGAGUCAACUUUCAAGCUUUUUUCUCCCCCCCCCUUGUGCAGGCUCGCUCAGUAGCAACACCUGGCCCUGCUGGAAUUUGCAAAAAAAGCAUCAGUCACAACUCCUCAUUGCAGGAAAACAGUUCUGUGUGUGUAUGUUCCCACAUUGUCAUAAUUGAAGAGAAUGUGUGAAUUGUGCUUUGAGGGAAUUUUCAUUGAAUCGUAAGAAAACUUUUCAUCCAGCAAACUUCUAAACUGAGGGUAGGCCCAAUAUAGCCUACAGUAUUGUGCAAUGUAGACAUGCAGCCUUGAGUGACGGUGUCUGCUGGGCCAUGCUCCAUCUCAAUCCUGGCAGCCAAGCCACGGGCAGUAUCUAUUCGAGAAAGGCUGCUAUAACUAUAGUGUUUUAUGUGUGUUCUGUACCACCUUUACCCUUCUGCCAUUAAGUGAGAAAACUGAUUUAAAUGAACCCUCUAUUUAACUCUGUCAAAUCCUGAGGUGGUGGUAUAAGUCAUUAGGCUUGGCAAAAUUUUCAGAGAGCUGUAGCAUCAUAAACAGGGUUGCUGUGGUUGGAAGGAGGGAGCCUAACUGGGCCUUGUGGGAAGAACCAUCCCUCCAGCCAAGAGAGGUGUGGGACCUACCCAAAGCAACCCCAUGCUGCUCUGAGGGAAGGCUCUGCAGCAACCCUGAGCAGUGGCAAUUGCAGUUGCUCGCCUUCUCCUCCUCUGACUUCCAAAGCCAAGUGUAUGUAGCUUGGUUUAGGCAUGUUGAUUCUAAGCUACUAAAUAGCCAAGGUGAGUGAAGUAAUAUCUUUGGUUGGCCCAACAAAAGAUUUACCUCCCUCACCUUCUCUCUCUAAAGAACACAUGUAUUCAUCCUUGAGUUACUACAGCUGGAGCAGAGUAUCCAGACGCUUAAUGGCUUAGUGCAGGUUCUUGCUGUAGUGUGGUUCACCCACGGGAGGAAGAGGCUUCCUUACCACUUUUCUAGUGGGCACUGACAUCUAUCAACAUUAAUGGGAGUUUCGCAAAUGCAGAAGUCAAGAACCACUAAAGAGCUCCUGGGUAUGUCACAAAUCAGGCCUUUGUGGGCUGUUACCUGGCACAAUGCAGAAAAUCUUCCACAUUUGAACAGGACUGAGACUAAUUCUGUUCUUAAAGCACAGUUUUUGUUUGGAGUAGGUAGGGGAGAGGGAGGCAGGAAUAGAGGAACACACCAAAGUCGAAUUGUACAAUUAGCAUAAGUUCUUGCCCUGGCUCAUUAGAACAGUUGUACUCACAGGCAUUCCUGCUGACAGCUCUGGGUUCCAUCUCUGAGGAGCGGAAUAAUGGAGUGAGGAAUGCAUUAACAAGACAUUGAUUUAAAAACGAUAAGUGGACUGCUACAAAUAGACUCAUCUGUCAUUAAAAAUUAUCAUGCAGGCAGCAGUCCCAAGGGCUCAGCUGAAAACAAUGCACCAUCCUGUGGCAGAGCUGGAUUGAAGGCUCUACAAAAUGGUCUCAAGGGUAGGGAGUACAACCCAUUCGUCAUGUGAAUCCCCUAGUUCACAUGCAGAGCUCAGUGGAGACUGCAAGAUUUUGGCCAAGUCCAUUGAAGGAACGCACAGAGAAAAGGUAAAAUGACUGAAGGCUAGAACACUCCUCCUGAUUGUGCUUAAACCAUUUGCCACAGUUUGUGCUGCUUUACAAUUAUGUAAACUGCCUCUGUUUUUUAGCCUCCUAGGAGAUAAGGUGUCAAGGUGUCACACCAACUCUGAACUUUAGGGUACAGAUGUGGGGACCUGCAUGAGAUAACCCCUAAGCUUAUUUACCGGCUUAGAUCUUGUAGCUGCCACCACCAAAUAGUUUAAACAAACAUUUAUGGGAGAGUCAUUUGGAAACUCUGUCUUCCCCCCAAUAUUUCCCCCGUCUUUAUCUCUCUUUUCCUGGCAGGAUUGGGACUGAUUCACCUCCUACCAAUUCCUGGUGAGCCCAGAUCCAAAAAAACCUUUGGAUCUUAAAACAAGGAAAAAUUAAUCAGGUUCUUAAAAGAAGACUUUUAAUUAAAGAAAAAGGGUGAAAGGAAUACCUCUGUGAGAUUAGCAUGCAAGCUACUCUCACAGACAACAGAUUCAAAACACAGAGGAUGUCCCUCUGGACAAAAAUGUAGUUACGCAAAGAAACCCAAUUUGAUUCUCCCUCUAUGCAAAAGAAAGUCACAAAAGACAAUAAACAUAAUCUAAUAUAUUCCUUCUCUAAACACUACUUUUAAGAAAUGUUAGAUGGUUGAUUCCUGGAUCCUUCACUCUGGCACAAAAGACUGAUUUCCCUCCUCCCUCUUUGAAAACAUCUUGUCCCCCCCCCCAUUGGUUCCUCUGGUCAGGUGUCAGCUAGGCUAUGUGAACUUCUUAACCCUUUACAGGUAAAAGAGGAAUUAACCCUUAACUAUCUGUUUAUGACAUAAGGUAUAAGCAUCUCUUUGAAAACCAAAGUAACUGGGGGUCUGUAAAGCCAGAAAGGCAUUAACAGCAAUGCAACAGGAUGUUGUAAUUUGUCUAAUCUGUGUCUCCAGCACGGUGCCAGUGCAGCUAUUGGUGAACUGGAGUCUGUAUUCUAUGUUAUUGACUCUUUUCACAUAGGCCACCAGACAGAUGGUACAGAGCUUACAGACACUACCAACACAAUCUGACUUCAAACCAUUGCCCCAUAUUACAAUCCACUUAAGCACCUCAGAUUUUUUUAAAAUGAGAUAUUCUGAGUAAGAGAACUGAUUGGAUGGUGUAGCUGUAACAAACAACACACCUUGUAAAAGACAUUUCUUUAGUUCACAUUUAACUUUAGACUGGUUCAUUACAAUCAUCACAUAGUACACCUGGCACAUGUUAAAAGGCUCUGUCACCAGAGCAGCACAGAAGUCAUUCCAAUUGCUCUCCUAAAUCAAUGUUUUUAUGAGUUAAGGGUUGGGUUGUUGUUUUUUUUAAUAAAAAGGAGAAUUUUUAAAAUGUAAAACAGGACCAAAGCCAGGGAAUCCAGAGUUAAGGUUUAGACUAUGUCCCUAAUUAAAAGAGUCAGGCCCUUUUUGAUUGAUUUCAAUGUAUGAGACCCAAAUUUGGUCCUAUUGAAGUUAGUGGGACCAGGAUUUGGCUUUAAGUUUCUGUCUGCCAUACUUUUAACUUUGCUGUCCUGUAUCAUAACUAUUAAAUAUAUUUAUAAUAAGGGUUUAUUUUCCUGUAGCUGUCCAUAGCAGCCAUCUUUUAUUAACUCUACACCCUGUAGCACAGACUCCAUAAAAUUCACUCCAGUUUCUGCUCUAUAUCUAUCUGCCAAAAAACCCUGGACAUGGUAUUUCUUGAUUCCCUUUGGACUUAGUAGUAAUGGAUAAUAGUGAACUGCAAUGAUGUUGUAUAAAAACAUCAAUUUGGCAUCAGUAAAUGUGGUUUCUACACAAAAGUCUCUAAAAAACAAAUUAAAGAUUGUGCAAUUGAAUAUCUCCGGGGUUGUGACCCUUCCAACAUUGCUAAAUGUGACAGUGGUCCCAGCUCGAUGGGAGUGGGCUACCAGCAUGAGGCAUACCUGAUACCCUCACAGCUGUUCUAUAAACAUAGCGUGAGAGGAAGCGGGAACAUGGCUGAUCUUUAAACUAGUACUUUCGUUCACAAGGGUGGGUAUUCAUGAAUUUUAUACACUGUAUAUUAGAUUGUUCACAGUAAUGAUAUCGCCAUGGAAAAUUCUGUUUGGAGUUACAUUGUGAGUUCAGUUUGAAUAUCAUCUGUACAAUAUCCCAUUGGACAGUUAUUGGUUACUUGGAUUUUGUCAUUGCAACAGAAGGAAUGAUACAGUUUUGUGCACCAUAUAGAGGACAACAUAAUUUAAAAUAUACAUUUUAUUUUUUAAAAGUUAUUAAAUAUUCUUUAAAGUUUA